AUGAAGUAUGAACCACUCCAGUCACCCAGUAUAGCCUCUGAACUAGAGAUCUGCACCCCAAAGGUCGAACUUCUGGAAUCCCAGCUGCAGGCGGGUAAAAUAGAUGAUCGCAAUUUGACUCUUAAACUGUCUCGUCGUGCAAAUUAUUUGAUGGAUAGGCUGGCUCGUAUCUCUGAAAGUAGUUCGCAUUUGUCAGAUCUUCGUAGUCGUUUGAUUCGCAUUUUGAGUAUCAUAAACGGUGAAGAUAGCGACACGGAUAGUGAAUACAAGGAAACCCAGGCACAGCCGUCUAACCAGAAAGUGGAAAGUAACGUGAUCUAUGUGAAAGAUAAACCCUUGAACCUAAAUACAUUUAACUUAAAAUUUGACGGAACCACGUGUGUUCGUGUAUUUAUUGAACGUCUUGAGGAACUUAGAGGCUCGCAACAUUACUGA